GCAACGGCAAGCGGCAUCCAACCAUCGACGUACCACCAACACUAACGACCCAACACACCCCACAUCAACCAUGCUUGCUGUCAAGAUCGUCGCUGUUGUAGCUCUAGCCUACAUUGCCCAGGCUGGAAGACUUACCCCUGCUUUGGCUGCUCCUGCUCUUUCGUACACUGGCCCUGCUUUGGCCGCCCCGACGCUUUCGUACGCCGUUCCGGCCCUGGCUACCCCUGCUUUUUCAUACGCUGCUCCUGUUGUGGCUGCCCCCGCCGUGUCAUACGCUGCUCCCAUCACUAAGCCUGCGAUCGCCGCUCCUGCCCUAGCUGCUCCUGCUCUAGCUGUUCCUGCUCUAGCUGCCCCUGCUCUAGCUGCCCCUGCACUAGCUGCCCCUGCUCUAGCUGCCCCUGCACUAGUUGCCCCUGCACUAGCUGCCCCUGCACUAGCUGCCCCUGCCCUGGCUGCCCCUCUGGCCAAAGCUUGGUAAAUUUUAAACAAGACAGGAUGAACGAUGCGAUAAAUUGGAUGUCGAUGUGAUGAGGAUGACAGUGAUGCUGAAGAAGCGAAUAAAAUGAAGUUGACACGUGGAAUAGAAAUUCACGGAAAAAAUUGUCGGCUUUUUGUUAUCGAUGAAGGAUUGAUGGUUACGAUCGCUAGCAAUGGAUUGAUUGCCAAUGAAUCAGCUUAUCCAACAGCUUUUUUUUUGCUAUGCGUAGUUCAUAUCUCAGAAAUUCCGUAUAGCAAAAAAAAGCGUUUUUUUGGUUUAAGAAAAUGUGAUACCGCUAUGUUUUAGUAAUAAAUCGUGCAUUGUUGAAAUGGCUAACGAAUAGCUAGA